UUAUCCUCCAAUAAACGGAGAGAAAUAACUCCAUACUGUCCAUACAAGCACAUGUUUGCUAGGAGUUAGCUGCGGCCAAAACACGAAAAGUGGCAAUAAACGUCACUGAAGAUGGUGACCUUCACUAGGAUUUGCCUCCGGAAGUAUGGAAACUUUGUGGACAACCUGCGUCUGUACGUCCGUGGAGGCGGCGGUGGGAUGGGUUUACCUCGUCUGGGCGGACAGGGAGGAAACGGAGGAGACGUUUGGGUGGUGGCGACGAAAAACAUGACCCUGAAGAGGAUCAAGGACAAAUACCCACAGAAACGUUUUGUAGCUGGAGCAGGAGCCAAUAGCAGUGUUCGAGCUCUGAAAGGAGAAAGGGGGAAAGACGAGGAGGUCCAGGCUCCUGUCGGUAUCACUGUUACUGCUGAUGAUGGCAGAACGAUCGGUGACCUGAACGCUGAUGGUGAUCGUGUGCUGGUGGCUCGAGGAGGCUCCGGAGGCUCUUUGCACUCUGGCUUUGAGCCCAGUAAAGGUCAGACCAGACACAUCAGGCUGGACCUCAAACUCAUCGCUGACCUCGGCCUCGUGGGAUUUCCAAAUGCGGGGAAGUCUUCUCUCCUGACAGCCUUGUCCAACGCCACACCACAGAUCGCCAACUACGCCUUUACAACUUUGAGGCCAGAGAUCGGCAAACUGAUGUAUCAAGAUUACAAACAGAUCUCUGUUGCUGACCUCCCGGGGCUGAUCGAAGGCGCCCACAUGAACAAAGGGAUGGGCCACAAGUUCCUAAAACACGUGGAGAGGACCAAGCAGCUGCUGUUUGUGGUGGAUGUUUGUGGUUUCCAGCUGGCGAGUAAAACACAGUUCAGGUCGGCCUUUGAAGCUGUGCAGCUUCUCACCAGGGAGUUGGAGUUGUACAAAGAGGAGCUGGUAUCUAAACCUGCAUUGUUGGUGGUGAAUAAGAUGGACCUGCCUGAUGCUGAGGAAAAACUAGAAGAGCUGCAGGAGCAACUAGAAAACCCAGAAGAAUUCUCCGAUCUGCUGCCUGCUGACAUGAUACCAAAGAACUAUUUGACCUUCAGACACAUUGUUCCCGUUUCUGCGGUCACUGGGUUCGGCAUCAACCACCUGAAGAGCUGCAUCCGUCAGUCCCUCGAUGAAGACGCAGCCGCCGAGACUAAAGCCGUGCAUCGGGAAAAGCUGCAGGCUCUGAGACACAACUCGCACCAGCAUCAGUGACACACAGGGACACAGAAAGAAACCUUCAGUGGAAACUAUGGUGCACGAGGAUGUCUUGCUGCCAGGAAAAGUGCAAGGUUGUUGAAGUGCGACGUCCUUGGAGAAACACCUGCAGAAACUGUCAGCAUACAGAGUUUUGUAGAAGCGACGAAGGACGAUUUCACAGCCAAAACAGAGUUCAGUGAAGCUCAGCGAGUUUGGCAGGAGUUAGUCUGAGCUUCGAAUGUCGGCUUGUUUGUUUGAAUAAAUGAUAUGAAGUUACAAGACUGCUGAAACUAUUUAAAUAACAGCUUCAUGUUCCUCUCCUUAAAGGACGGGGCUGUAGUGCCGUUCACUGAUGCAGAAGAGGAGAGGUGCUUUUGUAUAAACCAGUUCUCUUCUGUUUGACUCACGAAGAUUAACAAUGUAUUUGUAUUUAUUGGUAUUUUAGGCAUAUGGGUUCUAUAAAGUGUCUUGAGACAGUUUGACAUGUAAUUGGCAUUUAUAAAUACAAUUGAAUUGGGGAUGCGCCGUUACUGAUUCUAAUAUCUCGAUGCAGGUCCUCAUUAGGGUUGGGCAUCAGGAACUGGUUCCAGUUCAGAAUUCGUUCCAAAGUUCAGAAACAUGGCAAAUCAUUAAAUCGUAUAGUUACAAAAUCUAAUCAUGUAUAAUUUACAGCGUGUUUGUAGACGUUGUGGAAAAAACGUCAUAGUUUAGUAUGUCGUCCAAAAUGUGACAAAAACAUCUUAGUUACCUCCGCCAAGGAGGUUAUGUGACACCCGGCGUUUGUCUGUCCGUCCGUCCGUCCGUCUGUCUGUCUGUUAGCAAGAUAACUCAAAAACGCCUGGGCAGAUCCAGAUGAAAUUUUCAGGGGAUGUAGACUAUGGUAAGAGGAAGAGCUGAUUUAAUUUUGGUGGCAAUCCGGAAAGGAUCCUGGAUUCUGGAUCACUUUGAAUUUUUUAGUAUGUGGUCCAAAAUAUGACAAAAACAUCAUAGGUUAGUAAGGUGUCCAAUUAGCUCAACUGGUUAAGAAGGCAAUUUGUAAACAGAACUGUGUCAGAGAUGCAGUUUCAAUUCCAGCUCAUGAUGAUUUACUGUAUGGGUUUCCUGUUUUCCUCUCUCCCUGUUGAUUAAUUAAGAAUGGAAUAAAAUCGUUCAUGAAAAUAUA